GCGGGGCGCCGGGGGAGGAGGCGGCGGGAUGGAAGCAGACGCUGGCGUCGCGCGAGCCCCCGGCAGAGCGGCGCGGUAGAGAGGGCGGCGGCGGCGGCGCGCGCGGAGCCUUGACGUGCCCCUUUCUUUCUUCUCUCUCUGGAAAGCUGGGAAGCAUGAGCGUGCAGACCUGCUGCUGCGGCGGCCGCCCCGGCUCCUCGCCUCCCCCUUUUCUGGCCGCCCCUCGCCGGUGAGAGAAGAGAACGCGAGAAGGGAAGAUGGGGGCCGUCCUGAGGAGCCUCCUGGCCUGCAGUUUCUGUGCGCUCCUGAGAGCGGCCCCUUUGUUGCUUUAUGCAAACAGACGGGACUUGCGAUUGGUUGAUGCUACAAAUGGCAAAGAGAAUGCUACGAUUGUAGUUGGAGGCUUGGAGGAUGCAGCUGCGGUGGACUUUGUGUUUGGUCAUGGCUUGAUAUACUGGAGUGAUGUCAGCGAAGAAGCCAUUAAACGAACAGAGUUUAACAAAACUGAGAGUGUACAGAAUGUUGUUGUCUCUGGAUUAUUGUCCCCUGAUGGACUGGCAUGCGAUUGGCUUGGAGAAAAAUUAUACUGGACAGAUUCUGAAACAAAUCGGAUUGAAGUUUCUAAUUUAGAUGGAUCUUUACGAAAAGUUUUAUUUUGGCAAGAGUUGGAUCAACCCAGAGCUAUUGCCUUAGAUCCUUCAAGUGGGUUCAUGUACUGGACAGACUGGGGAGAAGUACCAAAGAUAGAACGUGCUGGAAUGGAUGGUUCAAGUCGCUUCAUUAUAAUAAACACUGAAAUUUACUGGCCAAAUGGACUGACUUUGGAUUAUGAGGAACAGAAGCUUUAUUGGGCAGAUGCAAAACUCAAUUUCAUCCACAAAUCAAAUCUGGAUGGAACAAAUCGGCAGGCAGUGGUUAAAGGUUCCCUUCCACAUCCUUUUGCCUUGACAUUAUUUGAGGACACAUUGUACUGGACUGACUGGAAUACACACUCCAUUUUGGCUUGCAACAAGUAUUCUGGCGAGGGUCUGCGUGAAAUCCAUUCUAACAUCUUCUCUCCCAUGGAUAUACAUGCCUUCAGCCAACAGAGGCAGCCAAAUGCUACAAAUCCAUGUGGAAUUGAUAAUGGUGGUUGUUCCCACUUGUGUUUGAUGUCUCCAGUCAAGCCUUUCUAUCAGUGUGCUUGCCCAACCGGGGUCAAACUCCUGGAGAACGGAAAAACCUGCAAAGAUGGUGCCACCGAAUUACUGCUUUUAGCCCGAAGGACAGACUUGAGACGCAUUUCUUUGGAUACACCAGAUUUCACAGACAUUGUUUUACAGUUAGAAGACAUCCGUCAUGCCAUUGCCAUAGAUUAUGAUCCUGUGGAAGGCUAUAUCUACUGGACUGAUGAUGAAGUGAGGGCCAUACGCCGCUCAUUCAUAGAUGGAUCUGGCAGUCAGUUUGUGGUCACCGCUCAAAUUGCGCAUCCUGAUGGUAUUGCUGUUGACUGGGUUGCCCGAAAUCUUUAUUGGACAGACACUGGCACUGAUCGGAUAGAAGUAACAAGGCUCAAUGGGACCAUGAGGAAGAUCUUGAUUUCAGAGGACUUAGAGGAACCCCGGGCUAUUGUGUUAGAUCCCAUGGUUGGGUACAUGUAUUGGACGGACUGGGGAGAAAUCCCGAAAAUUGAGCGAGCAGCUCUGGAUGGUUCUGACCGAGUAGUGUUGGUUAACACUUCUCUUGGUUGGCCAAAUGGUUUAGCCUUGGAUUAUGAUGAAGGCAAAAUAUACUGGGGAGAUGCCAAAACAGACAAAAUUGAGGUUAUGAAUAUUGAUGGCACUGGGAGACGAGUACUGGUGGAAGACAAAAUUCCUCACAUAUUUGGGUUUACUCUGUUGGGUGACUAUGUUUACUGGACUGACUGGCAGAGGCGUAGCAUCGAAAGAGUACACAAACGAAGUGCAGAGAGGGAGAUCAUCAUAGAUCAACUUCCUGAUCUCAUGGGCCUAAAGGCCACAAAUGUUCAUCGAAUCAUUGGUUCCAACCCUUGUGCAGAGGAAAAUGGGGGAUGUAGCCAUCUUUGCCUAUAUAGGCCUCAGGGCCUUCGUUGUGCCUGCCCCAUUGGCUUUGAACUCAUCAGUGACAUGAAGACUUGCAUUGUCCCAGAGGCUUUCCUUUUGUUUUCACGGAGAGCAGAUAUCAGGCGAAUUUCUCUGGAAACUAACAAUAAUAACGUGGCCAUUCCUCUCACUGGUGUCAAAGAAGCUUCUGCUUUGGAUUUUGAUGUGACAGACAACCGAAUUUACUGGACCGAUAUAUCACUCAAGACCAUCAGCAGAGCCUUCAUGAAUGGCAGUGCACUGGAACAUGUGGUGGAAUUUGGCUUAGAUUAUCCAGAAGGCAUGGCAGUAGACUGGCUUGGGAAGAACUUGUACUGGGCAGACACAGGAACGAAUCGAAUUGAGGUGUCAAAGUUGGAUGGGCAGCACCGACAAGUUUUGGUUUGGAAAGACCUAGAUAGUCCCAGAGCUCUUGCACUGGACCCUGCUGAAGGAUUUAUGUAUUGGACUGAAUGGGGUGGAAAACCUAAGAUAGACAGAGCUGCCAUGGAUGGAAGUGAACGUACUACGUUAGUUCCAAAUGUGGGACGGGCAAAUGGCCUAACUAUUGAUUAUGCUAAAAGGAGGCUUUAUUGGACAGACCUGGACACCAACUUAAUAGAAUCUUCAAAUAUGCUUGGACUCAACCGGGAAGUUAUAGCAGAUGACUUGCCUCAUCCUUUUGGCUUAACUCAGUACCAAGAUUACAUCUACUGGACAGACUGGAGCCGGCGCAGCAUUGAACGUGCCAACAAAACCAGUGGCCAAAACCGCACCAUCAUCCAGGGCCAUUUGGAUUAUGUGAUGGACAUCCUCGUCUUUCACUCCUCUCGGCAGGCAGGGUGGAAUGAGUGUGCUUCCAGCAAUGGGCACUGCUCCCACCUCUGCUUGGCUGUGCCAGUUGGGGGUUUUGUUUGUGGAUGCCCUGCCCACUACUCUCUUAACGCCGACAACAGGACUUGUAGUGCUCCAACUACUUUCCUACUCUUCAGUCAGAAGAGUGCCAUCAACCGCAUGGUGAUUGAUGAACAGCAGAGCCCUGACAUCAUCCUUCCCAUCCACAGCCUUCGGAAUGUCCGGGCCAUUGACUAUGACCCACUGGACAAGCAACUCUAUUGGAUUGACUCACGACAAAACAUGAUCCGAAAAGCACAAGAAGAUGGCAGCCAGGGUUUUACUGUGGUUGUGAGCUCAGUUCCAAAUCAGAACCUGGAAAUACAACCCUAUGACCUCAGCAUUGAUAUUUAUAGCCGCUACAUUUACUGGACUUGUGAGGCCACCAAUGUCAUUAACGUAACAAGAUUAGAUGGGAGAUCAAUUGGAGUGGUAUUAAAAGGCGAGCAAGACCGACCUCGAGCCAUUGUGGUAAACCCAGAGAAAGGGUAUAUGUAUUUUACCAAUCUUCAGGAAAGGUCUCCCAAAAUUGAACGGGCUGCUUUGGAUGGAACAGAACGGGAGGUCCUCUUUUUCAGUGGCCUAAGUAAACCAAUUGCAUUAGCCCUUGAUAGCAGAUUGGGCAAGCUCUUUUGGGCAGAUUCUGAUCUCCGUCGAAUCGAAAGCAGUGAUCUCUCAGGUGCCAACCGGAUAGUAUUAGAAGACUCCAAUAUCUUGCAGCCUGUGGGACUGACUGUGUUUGAAAACUGGCUAUAUUGGAUUGACAAGCAGCAGCAAAUGAUUGAAAAAAUUGACAUGACAGGUCGAGAGGGUAGAACCAAAGUCCAGGCUCGAAUUGCCCAGCUUAGUGACAUUCAUGCAGUAAAGGAGCUGAACCUACAGGAAUAUAGACAGCACCCUUGUGCUCAGGAUAAUGGUGGCUGUUCACAUAUUUGUCUUGUAAAAGGAGAUGGUACUACAAGGUGCUCUUGCCCCAUGCACUUGGUUCUGCUUCAGGAUGAGCUAUCAUGUGGAGAACCCCCAACAUGUUCUCCUCAGCAGUUUACUUGUUUCACCGGAGAAAUUGACUGUAUCCCUGUGGCUUGGCGGUGUGAUGGGUUUACUGAAUGUGAAGACCACAGUGAUGAGCUCAAUUGCCCUGUAUGCUCGGAGUCCCAGUUCCAGUGUGCCAGUGGGCAGUGUAUCGAUGGUGCCCUCCGAUGCAACGGAGAUGCAAACUGCCAGGAUAAGUCAGAUGAGAAGAACUGUGAAGUGCUUUGUUUAAUCGAUCAAUUCCGCUGUUCCAAUGGUCAGUGCAUUGGAAAACAUAAGAAAUGUGAUCAUAAUGUGGAUUGCAGUGACAAAUCAGAUGAACUGGAUUGUUAUCCAACUGAGGAACCAGCUCCACAGGCCACCAAUACAGUUGGUUCAGUUAUUGGAGUAAUUGUCACCAUUUUUGUAUCUGGAACCAUAUACUUCAUCUGCCAGAGAAUGUUGUGUCCACGUAUGAAGGGAGAUGGGGAAACCAUGACUAAUGACUAUGUAGUUCAUGGACCAGCUUCUGUGCCCCUUGGUUAUGUGCCACACCCAAGUUCUUUGUCAGGAUCUCUUCCAGGAAUGUCUCGAGGUAAAUCAAUGAUCAGCUCCCUCAGUAUCAUGGGGGGAAGCAGUGGACCCCCUUAUGACCGAGCUCAUGUCACAGGAGCAUCAUCAAGUAGUUCUUCAAGCACCAAAGGCACUUACUUCCCUGCAAUUUUGAACCCUCCGCCAUCCCCAGCCACAGAGCGAUCACAUUACACUAUGGAAUUUGGUUAUUCUUCAAAUAGUCCUUCCACUCAUAGGUCCUACAGCUACAGGCCAUAUAGCUACCGGCACUUUGCACCCCCUACCACACCCUGCAGCACAGAUGUCUGUGACAGUGACUAUGCUCCCAGCCGGAGGAUGACCUCAGUGGCAACGGCCAAGGGCUACACUAGUGACUUGAACUAUGACUCAGAGCCUGUGCCCCCGCCUCCCACGCCCCGAAGCCAAUACUUGUCAGCAGAAGAGAACUAUGAAAGCUGCCCACCCUCUCCAUACACAGAGAGGAGCUACUCUCAUCACCUCUACCCACCGCCACCCUCCCCCUGUACAGACUCCUCCUGAGGAGGGGCCCUCCUCCUCUGACUGCCUCCAACGCAAAAAUGUAAAUACAAAUUUGGUUGAGAUCUGGAGGGGGGGAGGGAGCUAUUGGAGAAAGAUGAGGCAGACCAUGUACAGUUAAAAAUUAUAAAUGGGGUAGGGAAUACUGGAGAUAUUUGUACAGAAGAAAAGGAUAUUUAUAUAUUUUCUUAAAACAGCAGAUUUGCUGCUUGUGCCAUAAAAAUUUGUAUAAAAAAUAAAUUUGUACUAAAAGUUUUAUUUUUGCAAACUAAAUACACAAAGCAUGCCUUAAACCCAGUGAAGUGACUGAGUACAAAGGAAACAGGAAUAAUAAAGGCAUCACUGACCAGGAAUGUCUGGGCUUUAUUAAUACCAAAAAAAAAGAGAGAGAGAAAGAGAAGAAGAGGAAGAAGAAGAAGAAGAAGAAGAAGAAGAAGAAGAAGAAGAAGAAGAAGAAGAAGAAGAAGGAGGAGGAAAAGAAGGAGAAGAAGAAGAAAAAUUCAAGUCCAUCUCAGAGCAGCAAACCAUAGAUACUUGGAAGUAGCCAAAUAGCCUUCAUGUUAGCUAACAUUUGAGGGCCAAUAAGUUUAAGAAAUCACAAAAGGAAAAAGAAAAAAAGGUAUUAAAACUAACUUUGGACAAAGGGCUUUAUUUUCUCUAGGAAUCCCAUUAUUUUAGUGAGGAAAAUAGGUCUUUAUAAAAAUCCCUUCUGGGUGUUGCCAUUGGAGGAGAUGAGCUGUCCAGUCAGAUGGUGUGGGGCUCUUUGUGUGUGCAAGUCUUCUGUCCCUACCUUAGAACCCACAGCCUCUGUCAGAAGAAUUCGUUUUUUCUCUAGGUGUUUUUACCUUGCUUCCUCCCCCAGCAGCUUUGUAGGCCAUUUUGCCAAGAUAUCACGAUUUAUUCAAAGCUUUUUUAUCUGAGGAUUGAUAAAAUGGAAUUUUCUAAAUUAAGGUUUCAUUUUAAUAUUUCUACUAGCUCUGUUCCUCUGUAGGCUUAGCUCUUCAGUUUGACUGAUGUUUUUGCUUAAUGAUCAAAGGUUAGACAUAUUAGUGCUCCUCUUCCAAGAUUGUUUUAAUGCUCAUUAAAAUAUCUUUUCACAACACAUAUAGGCAAUGUUUAAGAAUUACAAAUUUAACCAUUAUGUUUUGUUGUAAAUUAAUCAUAUAUCCUUGCAGUACUUUCAGCAUAUAAUACCACAAUAUGAAAUCAUUUAUAUAUAUAUAUUUUUUUCUAGUAAAACAUUUAAAUAUGUUCCAGUUAGAGACAAUCUAUUUAAAAAGAGAAUUUUUUUGUUAUCAUUAGGUUUUCCCUUUAUUAACUGUUUGUGACAUUUUCACGUUCUUUAGGCCAAUUUUUCUGAGUGAUGUCUACAUACAUACCUCUUCUAAUGUGUGACGUGACUUUAAUAUCUUCCUGUUACCCAAUGUGAAUGUUAGAUUGUUUUCAAAUUAUCCACAAAUUAUUCUUAUAAUCACCUCUUAUAUAUUUUUGUGUGUUCUCUCUUAUCCUGUUAUGGAUUAAGAUGAUUUAACAAAUUUAACAAUGUGGAUUAAACGAGAAGGCCAACCGUUGACUUCUCAGCUGUCAGAACUUGGGUGGAGGGGAGUAACGGAAGGUUCUUCUGCCACCUGCCUGACCUGCGUGGUCCUGGGGCUGCUGCCUCUUCAGCUCUUAGGGCUGACGUGUGGAAUGAUUCUAGCACUGCUCUGCCACCUUGCCAGAAGUUAGUUUCCUGCUUUUUACAUUUUUCCAGCACUUCUCUGCUAAAACUGAAUGUGUUUUUAAACUAAUGUAUUUUUACCUUAACAGAUGUUGGUCAGUCAGUUAUUUGAAUGAUUUCUUUUUUUUUUUUUUUUUUAAUUCUGUCUUGCUGAGGCCUCUCUGGAUUUCAGGGCCCAAGAGAAAACCAUGGAAGAAAAGAUUCAGACUUUUGGCAGGGGUGAAGUAACUUUAUAAGCAAUUAAAAAUACCUGAGGAAACUUUUUAAUGAGAAAAAAUGUGGUUUCAGAAUAAUGCUUAGAUUGUCAGGGGCACCUUCUAUGAAUCAGGUGCCCUUGAGUUUGCAUAUAAAUAAAUGGUGAUCCAUCAGUGUCUUGCAUUAACUCUUCCUGUCGGUGGAACAAAGUGCUCACAGUCUAACAGAAUGGACACUGGAGUUGCAUUCUGUGACACGGGGGCCUCUGACACUUAAAUGAAGAUGGAAAGGUUAGCAAUAACUGGGUAUCAAUUAGAAUUUAAGAAUUCUAUAUGUUUACAUUUUUUAAUGUGCAUCUUUAUCCGGUGGGCUUCCCAUGUGGAAACUUGCACUAUAACGAAUUAAGAAGAAUAUUGCCUUGUUGUAUCUCAGUUCAAGUGCUUGUACUGCGAUGGCAAUGGCCUCUUCUUGCAAAAUACUGAUUUGUGUGCCAAUUUGUUUGAAAUUAUUUGAAGGCAGUUCCGCUUAAUCUCAGGGUCCUCUUUCUUGGGUAGUUGAGAUGGAUUCUUAAUAUUGGGGUGGGGGGGUGUACCUUUAAAUGAGAGAAUUGUCAAAAAUCGGGAAAGAUUGGCCCUCGGGCUACAUGGACAGUUAAGCUUAAGUAACAAACUAUCUUGAUUAGUAUUAAACAAGAGGUUUAAUUGGAAGAACUGAAGAUAAAAAAUAAACAUGAGCACAAAUCAGGGGGAAAGUGGAUAAAGGUUUUGAAUUUGAUGUAUUGCUAUAUUCACUAUCCAUGAGGGUAAAAUGAAUAAAAUGUCAUUAUUUUCCUUAAAUACUUAAGUAUUUAAUUUUGAACACCGGUCUUAAAGCAUGUCUAGUUAAUGAUGUGAUUAAAGUUAUCUGAGAAAUGAACUCUGGCAUCGUAUACUUUGUGCUUAUGUGCUAUAGUAGGCUCACCUUCAUUGAGGUGGUCUUUUAUAACUGUGCUUUUAUAACUUUGAACUUGGCUCCUGCAGAACCCUUGUCUUCUGAACAGUGACCCAUGGGGUUUUGCUGCUUAAAUCAGAUAAUGGCAUAUUCACAAGAAAAAAAAAAAAAAGCUAAGGGAUAGAAUUUCUCAGUAUUAAUUUUUCUUUUGUGAAAUAUUAUUACGCCUUUGACCUUUGCUGCCCCUCUUCUAUAGCAGCAUACGUGAGAUGUCUGUCCAGCAGAACAUUAGUUAUUUUAACUAUCUUAAUUUUAAUAUAACAGUACUUUGAGAUAUAUCAAGAAGUAUCUGACACUUGAGAAUAUCUGUUCUAAAGGGAUGAUAUAUAUUUAGAAAUGAAGACUUUACAGUACAUUUUCAUCUAAUAGGCCAAUAAUUUGGGGGCAGAGCUUUUGAGCAGUAAAAUUUUAGCUUGACUGAGGAUUAUAUAUUUGUUCAUCAUUUUAAAACACUCUAAAGUCAAUAAUUUGUAGAAGGCCAACUCCAACUUUGAUAAUACACAAAAAUCUCUACCAUCUGUGUUAGGUAGUUAAUUUGGGGGAGAAUCUUUUUGUUUUGCCAUAAAGGCCUACUAAUGAAGACUACUCCAAGUACAGUUAGUAGGUAUGGCUUACCUACCUAGCCUGUUAAAUGCGUCUGUGUGUGUUUAUGUAACCUUAUACCAGUAAUCCUAGUAGAGACUACUUCUGGUACCAGAGAGGCUUACUGUAGGCAGGUUGGCUCCUCUGUGAUAGUUGUGCUAGUCUAGUCAGUCAUGUGCCUAGAUUUGAUUCCUAGAAAUGUAGUUUUUAAAAUUGUUUUUUCUCUUGCUGAGGGAAAACUUGCCACUUCAUUGAUUUGCACGCCGUAAGAGCUUCAUAUUGGUUACCAUUACACAUCUAACAAAAUUCAGAAGCAAAAAUCUUGGGCUUUUCAUACCCCAGAUAUGCCAUGCUUUUAAUAAGCUUUAAGUCUGUAUAAUGACAUACAUCGUAUAUUUGGGGUAUGGAUUUGAGUAUGUGACUAUCAUCAGUUGGCUAACAAAUGUUAGGGCAUCCACAAAUGAGACUAUACACUAAGUGUAGACAGGGACUGAGUCAUAAGUUUAUAAUCAAGUGUUGUUUAAAACAUGUUCUCAGAAUUCUUAAACUCAGACUUAAUUUUAUUUGGUAUUCCUUUCUUUAUCCCGAGCCUGAAAUGAGCCAGAGAAACAACAGAUGAUUUUAGAAAGUACUGGUAGCAUAUGUGUGGUUUCUGACUUCUGGGAUGGCAUCAUUUUAUACUAGUCUCAAAAUUUGCCUUUUGAAAUUUUCAGUUUCAGGAGAUAACAUUUUACAUUUAUAGUUUUUAAAUUAUGAGCAUUGUGAAUCCAUAUACUCAGGAUAUUUCUGUUGGACUUGAUUCUGCAUCUCAUGAAACUAAUAAGCCUGCACCUGAGUAGAAGGGGAGGUAGAUUCUUCGGUCUUACUGACGAUCCUCACCCUCCUUCAGUCCAGGUAAUUUUACUUGGUUUUUCUUUUUCAUAAAGCAUCCUUAAGCUACUGCUAAGUUUAUUGCUGUAAACAAUCCUCGUGACUUUACAGAUAGAACUAUAAACAAUGAUUUCCUGUACUCAGAGUAUAGAUCUAACGAAAACUUUUACAUGUCCACCAUUAUCUAGGGUUUACCCAAAAGUCUACACCAAAGAUGUAGAGACAAUGUGCUUUUUGCUUAUGCUUAACUGUCCAUUUUUUUUAAACAAAUGUAAGAAGGCCAGGGAUAUAUAUAUAUAUCAUAUAUGUAUGAUUAUCAAUGCAUAAAUAUAAAUAUUAAAAGGAAAAGAAAGUGAAUAAAUCUAAUUUUACAUGAAAUUAAGUAUCUGGGGUUAGUAGGAAAAUGUAAAAAGAAGAGGAUACCAAGAGCUUAAGCUGGACUAGCCUUAUUUGCAAGUGAAGGAUCUGGUGCUGCUUUCAGAUGUUUAUCCUUUGUGUUUUUAAAUUUUUUCUUAAGCUUUAAUCUUUGUUAUUGUCUUAAAGUCAGCUGGUGUUUCUUGUUCAUGGACUUUGGUACGAUGGUGCUUUGCAAGGAUGUAUUUAUAUUUAAAUGGCCAACAUUUGGUCAGCCCUUGUCCACUAUUCACUUCCCCCUUUUUGUAAAAUAAGUGCUUUAAUUGUAAACUGUAUAAAAAUACCUUGUAUAAAUCCCCUUUUGAUUAUUACAAUAAGCUGAGUUGUAACAAAUGAAAUGUUGAUUUUUAUAAUAAAACAGUGGAAAAUAAAA